CACAAACCACCCCACAUCGUCAUCGUCCUGAAUGGGCCUGUUCGAGCAGCCUCAGGCAUCGGAAGGCACACUCGCCAUGGAGCCUCGCCGGAUGAGGGCCAUCGGCUGCUGCACUUGUUGAGAGUGAUGGCCCGUAUAUCUGUACCUGAACCCCCGAAUUUUGACCUACCGAACCCGUUGCGAGGACAAAUGCAGGGUGCCGAGCUAUUGAGCCCUGGCUGAUUGGCCAGUUGCAGAACUCUGGUUACAUGCGUCAUCGCAAUCGGAGUCGAAUGGAAGCCAUCGGAUAAAGUCCACUUGCAGAGCCGCACCCUCUUUGACAGCCGUACUUUAGACCCGUCAAGCUUACCUCAAUCCUCAAGAUCGUCAUUGAGGUCACAAAACCUCAGGUGUAGCCUCCGACCUCUCGACAAAACCUCAUACCUCGCAAUGGCCUCGACAGACUCGCCUAAGAAGAACUACAACCUUGCCAUCGUCGGUGGUGGCAUAUCAGGUCUUACCCUCGCCAUCACACUCCUGCGAUAUGACAUACCCAUCACCAUCUACGAGGCGGCGCCUCACUUCGGCGAGAUAGGUGCAGGCGUGUACCUUGGACCAAAUGCUGGCCGGGCAAUGAAGCUCAUGUCUCCUAAGAUUCAUGAAGCCUUCACCAAAACCAAGACAGGGAAUCAGUGGAAGGAGAAGGAAGACUCGUGGUUCACAAUCCGCGUCGGUGACGAGCGCAAAGCAGAUAAGGACGGCUUCGUCAAGCCGGGCAAGAAGGUGGGCGAUGCCCUCUUCGACGUGCCAAUGGAGGCUGGAGGUGAUCGAGGAGGGGUAUACCGAGCAGCUUUCCUGGACGAGCUGGUCAAGGAUGUUCCCGACAGUGUGGCACGCUUCGGCAAGAGAGUGGUGGACUUGAGUAAUGCAAAGGACAACUCUGGAGACAUGGUGCUUCAUUUCGCCGAUGGAACUACAGCGCAGCACUCUGCUGUUAUUGGAUGCGAUGGUAUCAAGUCAAAGACAAGACCAUGGCUGCUUGGCAAGGACGACCCUGCAUCAGACGCAGUGUACUCGGGGAAAUACGCCUACCGAGGGUUGAUACCUAUGGAUAAGGCGGUGGAGAUGCUGGGUGAAGAGGUUGCAGCGAACAGCUCCAUUUUCUUGGGGUAUCACGGCCACAUCCUUACAUUUCCUGUCCAGAAAGGCAAGACAAUGAACGUUGUCGCAUUCAACUCCAGCAAAACCUGGGAUGAAGAAAAAUGGGUAGUCACAACCUCAAAAGAGAAAAUGGAAGCCGAGUUCGCAGAAUGGGGUCCACAGGUCCAGAAAAUCGUGGGAGCAAUGGAGAAGCCCGACAUAUGGGCUCUGUUCAUGCACCCACCUUGCAACACCUUUUACAAGGGGCGUUUAUGUCUACUCGGUGACGCCGCGCACGCAACAACCCCACACCAAGGUGCCGGCGCCGGUAUGUGUAUCGAAGACUCGUACAUUUUGGCCAACCUGAUCAACGAGGCGAACGAUGUCAACGAUCUGGAACGUGCGUUCAAGGCGUUUGACCAGGUCAGGCGAGAGAGGACACAGAAGAAUGUCACAACGAGUAAGGAGGCGGGCAUGUUGUACGAUUUCGAGCUACAUGGCGAUGAUUUGGAUAAGAUCGAGGAGAGCUUUCUGAGCAGGAUGCAGUGGAUCUGGGAGUUCAGUUUGGAAGAACAACUAGAACAAGCGAAGAAGAUCUUCCAUGGCGAUGGCACGAAAAUAUAAAUCCAGCGCUCUCCGAAACAUCCCUUGGAUUGUCUAGAACUCAAGCUUCUCCAUCCUGCACGUUGCUUUCUCACCCUUUCCAUAUCGAUGUUGUUGGAGCAACUUCCUAAAUGUCAUUGGAAGGGCAAGAUCCCUG